UUUUGCUCUGUCUGCCAGGCUGAGUUGGUUUCAGACAGUGCAUCACGGACACACACACACACAUACACGUGCCACUCUAUGUCUCUAGUAGCUCUCCACUCAUCUCCUCUCUCCUCCUCCUUCUCCUCCUCUCUCACCAUGGAGUCACAUCACUGAAGAGUGGAUUGUUCCUCCUGUUUUCUCCUCUUCUCUCCUCUGCACUUCAUUCGGUGUGUUUGGGUGUCUGUUUCAAGGUGGGAAUGCUCGUGUCUGCGACAGCGCUGUUGGGGGCUACGCUGGGAACCGUGUCUGGAGUGCUGACACUGUGUGGUCUCUCCCUGCUGUGCAAGAGCUGUAAGAAGGGGAAACUUGAGAGAGGGGAUGAGGCUGACCCAGAGAAAGCCAAACCCAGUAUCCUGCAUACUCUGACGCAGUUCAGUGUACAGAAAUGCACAGAACCCAUCCAGCCUCAAGCAUCUUUCAAGUUUCCUAAAAUCUACCGCCCCAAACCUUCUGUCACCUCUCAAGAGGUAGUAAACUACAAAGAACAUGGAGCUGCCAACGACACGUCUGCUGCUGAGCUCGACACCUGUAACCAGGCAACCGAACGUGAGGAGGUCUUCUCCCUCCCGCGGCAAGCUUCCACAGAUGAAACGCCCUGUACAUCUGAGCAAACCGGUGCCAUGACGACAAGUAGCUCCAUCCUAUAUCCCAAACUGCACUUCUCCAUCAGCCUGCACAAAGGAAAUGGAGAGCUACACAUCAGUAUUGUAGAAGCGGAGAAUAUAUCAGUGGAGGCCGGAUGUGAGGGAUAUAUAUCAGGGUGUGUGAGCAUCUCUGAAGAGCAGAAGCACGCUCACACAGCCGUCCACAAGCUGGCAGUGCAUGUGCAGUGGGGAGAAGAGCUGGUGUUCGCUCUUCCCGUGGAGGCCACAGAAGACACAGACAGUCUAGAUGGAGAGGUGGCCCUCUCACUUCACUGCUGUGAUCGAUUCUCCCAUAAUUCCACUCUGGGCACGAUGCGCUUUAAGCUGGCUGAUAUAAGCAUGAUGUUAGACGCUGAUUGCUGGGUUGAUUUACAGCCACCCAAACAGGAAGUGGCAUCAUCAGCUGGAGAGCUACUAUUGUCACUCAGUUAUCUGCCAGCGGCCAAUAGACUUGGAGUGGUGGUAAUGAAGGCUAGAGGACUUCAGUCAGACAAACUGAAAGACAACAUAGAUUUAUCGGUGAAGCUGACCUUGAAACACCAAAAUGCCAAGCUGAAAAAGAAGCAGACACGGCGAGUGAAGCACAAGAUGAAUCCGGUAUGGAAUGAGAUGAUGAUGUUGGAGCUGCCCAGUGAGCUAUUGGCUAAAUCCAGCGUGGAGUUGGAGGUACUGAACCUGGACCGUCCCGGGACCCUGCUCCCUCUUGGCCGCUGCAUGCUGGGGCUCCACACCUCUGGCACUGGCCUGCAGCACUGGAAACAGAUGCUAGAUAAUCCACGCAAGCAAAUUGCAAUGUGGCAUCCACUUUACACCUAAGAAUACAGGUUAAUAUUCUACAAAACACCACCUACAUGCAACGAUUGAUUAAACAUGUGGUUGGAGUUUUAUGAUAGUACUCUAUUCCUGUGUAAAAAUAUGUAGUACGCCAAUAUAAUAAAUAUUUAUCUAGAUAUAAUGAGUGUUAUCGUUAAGUAUUAUGAAAGUAUUUUCUCUGAAGGUAAAAGCUACGGGAGACAGUCACAUACUGUACUAAUAUUGUUACACAGUAGUUUAGAGUAUUUUAAUGUAAGCAGUGCUGCAUUUAUCUUUGGUGUUGUUGUUAAUGUGUCUUCAAAUUACUCAAUGCUGUUUUACACUGGUCCGAUUUGGAGCCAUCCUCAUCUCCUAACACUUGUCAGAUAUAAAAUAUGACUGAACAGCCCACUCAGUCAAUAUCAUAGUGACUUAUGGGACAGAGAGAGGCAAACAGCUCAUAUCUGACACACUGUAGACUGUAAAGCCUGGCUGGAUCAGAUCAGGAGAAAGGUUAAACUAUUGUAUCUAACUAGGUUUGGCAGAACAGAUGUCCCUCAUAACUCAUCAUAAAUGAACACUCACAACAAAUAUUAGGGUAAACAAUCUUUUGUCAGAUGAAGUCCUUAUAUGUUCCACAGGCAGAUUUUUCUGUCAGUCUAUUAUGGUAAAUAAUUAAUUUAAGUUUAAUAGCAAGAAGUUUUGGUUUUCCUGCUAUGAAGGCUUAUGGAUCCUCUUAGUCACACUGUCACAGCUGGAAAGAUGGAGCCCUGCUCACUAACUGUGGAUUGUGGCUAGUACCUUUACAGCAGUAACACACUAAAUAAAUAUACAGGGUCUCAAAAGGGCAGCUUUACUCUUCUCAAGAUGCAUGUAUACAGAAAAAAAUCUACCACUGUCUUCUAAUUUAAAAAAAUGUAAAUAUAUGUAAACAAAAGGAUAUGUAUACUAUAUAUGUGUAUUAGCAGGAUGACGGAUCACAACAGGCACUGCCUGGCUCCAGAAAUGUUACUAUGGGCAGUUACUUUAUCAUGAGUGUAAUGGAGGAUGAUGCUUUCUACCAUUAUUGUACUUUAGGACAUUUUGAAAAAAAUUAACUCGCUAACUGGAAUGAAAAUUACUCAGUUUGGAGACCUUUGAAAGCCUGUUUAAAAUUAAUUAAUUAAUUAAUUAAAUUAAUAAUAAAGGUAAUUGCAAAUGUUAUCUCACAGUUCAGACUUUGUUUCUUGCAAUUCUGAUUUUUUUUUCUCAUAACUUUGAGAAAUCGAAAUCUGAAUUGUGAAUAAAAAGUACAGACACAGAAUUGUGAGAUAUAAUCUAACAAUUCUGAGAAAUCAUUUGCACAUUAACCUUGAAUUCUAAAUUUUUUCCUUGUAAUUUCAAAUUUUCAUCUCAUAAUUCUUCAUAUCUCGCAAUUCUCCCUCUCUGAUAAAAACUUGCAAUUAUAAUAAAACAUUUUGCACUUCUGAUCUUUUUUUCUUGCAAUUCUGGUAUAAACUCAGAACUGUGAGAUAAAGUCACAAUUACCUUUUUUAUUUCUUUAUUCUGUGGCAAAAAUGAGCUUCCAUAUAUCACUUAUCAAACUACAGAUCUUUAGCUCAAUGUUGUAAAAUGUUGAAAUUAAAGAUGUUGGUCCCAUGUAAAAGUAUGGACUUUUUAACCUAAACGUACGGACUUAAACCCAAGUUAGUAUAUGCUUACUUCUUUCCAAUUCCAAGUCAAAUUGUAGCAAAACAAAACCAGCAAUGAUUUAUUCUGAAAAAGUAUUAGAGUUUCACCAGGAGCGCACAUUCUAGGUGACAUGCCAAAUGCCAAUAAAAUCAAAUAUUGUGCAUCUGUCUGGAAAGGAAUGCAUAUUUUAUGCUAUAACCAACAUAGUAGUCAUUCAGCCAAAUGGUAAAACCAAUCAAUCAGCUCCAGGCAAAUAUUAAAACAAGACACACAAGAUAUUUGCUGAAGUAUUUGUUGUGUGUAUUUUAGUCUUAAUCUGUUUUGUGUGACCUGAUUACAAUACAAUCCCCAACUAGAUCAUAAAUUUUUCUUCAGACUUUAUUUUCAUCAUUUUCACUUUUUAAUAUCAUUGUAUUAAAAGCAAUUUUUUAAUUACUAAUAAUCCAGCUAAUUAUUAGAUCAUAAAUGAUAUGUUUAUGUCACAUAUGUGUAACUAUUUUGAUAAAUGUAGCUUUAAAUAUAUUUUUAGAGGUUCCUUGGGUAGCAGUUAUAAGCAGUGAAAUCCCCCGUCUUGUGGGUAAAUACAUUAGAUAACAAUCUCAGUUGCCCUUCAGUCACGUUUGAACAUUUAUGGUGCAAUGGUUAUUGAAUUAACAUAAUUUCUGUGCCUAAUACUUUUCCAGAGAGGGAUGACCAGUGGAAUGUUAAUCACUGCGAUAUGAUCCAUCUAUAGCCUAUGAUCUUGCUGCAUAACACUCUGGAUUUCAUACUGACAGGAAUGUAUUUUUAACCCACAGAUAAAUAGCCGUGUGUUGGUGUGAAAUAAAAUAAAUAUUCCUUUCUCAAA